AUGGAUCUAGCAGCGACUUCUUCUUCAGCCCCAGCCGUUGCCAGUCCAGCAAUUGAGAAGGCGCGUGAGAAGCAGCGACGUAGAAUUUGUGAAGCUAUUACUGGGCUUAAACCGGAGGACCAAAUUGAAUUUUUGAUUAGUCGUUUGGCCGAAUCGGAUGUUUCUACUGGCGAGCAGAAGAAAGAAUUGGAGCAAACUAAACGAGAAAAUGGGAAAUUGAAUUUGAAGCUCGAUUCUGUUCAAAAAAUGUUAAGCAAAGCAGAAUUGUCCAAAUCCAAGUUGGAGCAGUUAUGUCGUGAAUUGAGCAAAGCUCAACGUGAGGAGAAGGAAGCUAAUCAAAUGAGACUUAAACACAUCCAAGCAACCCAUGCAGAUACCGUCGAAUCCUUCAAAAAAUCGUUGGCAGAUAUUCAACAUUCUGUCGAAUCUAAACAAGAGCAUAGCAAGCGUGUUGCUGAUGUUGAAAGACUUUCUACUAAUUUGAACCAAAUGGCUGCUGAUUAUGAGACACGUUUAAAUGAUAUUAAAAAAUUGUAUGACGAACGCGAUGCAGAUUUGGCAAAGAUAGCUAGCGCCAAGGAUAAGGAAUUGGGCCUCAUGCGAGUACAAAUCGAAGAAAUGCAGAAACGUGUGAGUGAAGUAUUUAGUGAAAAUGUUCAGUUAAAGAAGCAGUCAUUAAAUGAUGAGACACGUUUAAAGGAGUCAGUUGAAGCAGAAUUAAAAACACGCCAAUUAUUGGAUGAAUAUGCGCAUAAAUAUGCUGCACUUACCGAAUCGUUGUCUAGUACUAACGGUUCGUUUGACAACUUAAAAGAACAAAUGUCUAAAAUGAACGGAACAAUGAUUAAAGUGCAAGGGGACGCUAAAAAGUGGAGAGAACAGGCUGAGGCUGCGAAUAAAUUGGCUACUUCAUUGAGUCUUGCAAAAGUAGAAAGUGAUAAUUUGUUGGCUUUUAAGAAUCGUCAACUGGCUCAAUUACAAGAACUUUGCCGUCGUUUGAAUAAAGAAAAUCGGGGAAUAGAUAAAAAUAGUAUGUCUUCCAACGACAACGAAAUUGGGGAAAAAGGAAAGGAGGAGAAUGAAGAGGGUGCUUCUACUAGUAAUGGAGCUGAGGAAGGAGAAGGGGGAGAGGAAGGUAAAAUUGAGGAGAAAGUUGCCCAGAUUGACUUGAAAGAGGAAAUCAAGGAAGAGAAAAAAGAAUAAAAUGAAAUAUUUUUUAAAAAUAUUUUUAAUAGUCAAAGGCCAUAAAAAUAUAUAAAAAUACCUUUUUUCUU